GUACAUGUGCCACUAUGAAGUGGGCUAUAUGCGACGGAACCCCAUGUUCAUGUACUCUUCUGAUUGGUAAUGGUACAAAACAGCCCUUAGACUGCACAGCAUUGGUCCCCAAGUGCUUCUUGAUGAAAGCUGAAAUGGACAGAGCUAGAAAGGGCCUGAGCACUCGCACUAUUGGAGGAAAGCAACAUGAGACCGCCAUUGUGGACAACGAUGGCAUCUAUGACCCUGAAUGUGAGAAUGACGGAAAAUUCAAGGCCAAGCAGUGCAACAACACAGAUGUGUGCUGGUGCGUCAACAGCGCUGGAGUUCGUCGGACUGACAAGGGAGACCAGACCCUCAAGUGUGAGAAGCUGGUGGAGACAAACUGGGUCCGUCUCCAGCUGACACACAAGGAGGGGCCCACCAACGUGAAUAAAGACAAUUUGAAGACUGCUAUUGCAAAUGAAAUUAACAGCCGUUACAAACUUAACUCCAGCCUGGUGAAGGAGAUUCAGUAUGACCCAGACGCUCGCAUGAUUGUGGUUGAUGUGACUAAGCCAAAAGGAGAGCGCAUCAAUGACCUGUCCAGAAUGGCCUACUACAUGGAGAAAGACGUGAAGGCGCUGCCACUGUUUACUGGAGAGAAAAACUUUACUGCUUCU